AUGACCGAACAACAGCAGCUGCACCAGCAGCAGCAUAAUGGUGAAAGCCAGAACGAAAAGAAGGGCCUGCUGAACUCGCGCUUGGUGGAGAGGGCUCUGGGCUACUCGUGGAUCAAGUAUGGUUGGGACACCGCCUCCAAGACCUACGAGACCGUGAAGCAGAGCAACAGCCUCGCCAAGUACGGCUGUGAGCUCGCCGAGAGCAACGUGAGCAAGGUGGUCCACUCGCCUCUCGUCGAGGGCAGCAUCCACUUCUUCGCCCCUCUCAUCGUCAUCGCCGACGAGUUCAGCGUCCGUCAGAUCGACAAGGUGGAGAAGGGCGCCGAGCUGGGCCAGAGGCUGGUGCAGAAGGUGGUCGUGGACCCGGUGUCGGCGACCUACAACGCGGCGACGUCGCUGCCGUCGCGCUUGCUGGACCGCGCCGAAGCCCUCCUGGACUACUACCUCCCCGAGGAGAAGCAGAAGGGCGACGAAGGCCCCACCGCCGGCAAGUCGCGUCGAGACAGCCAGGACGGCCGAGUCAGCUCUCUGGGUCGCUUGUUCGAACUGACCGUGGCGACCACGCAACGCACCUACGCGCGCUUGGGCUACGAAAACCUCAAGACGCAGGCCACGGAGAAACUGCACUCUUACGAAACUCUGAACGAUUUCCUCAUCUACAUGCGCACCAGCGACCCAGAGAAGAAAGAGAAGCUUGUCAAGCAAGGACGCGACGUCUAUUGGAAUUUCCGCAAUAACUACAAGACCAUCUUCAUCCAGUCGGCGAGGUCGGUGGUCCAGCCCUACCUCGUUGCGCCCACACUCAGGGUCUACAACUCGCUCUCCUCCUUCUGGACCAACAACAUCAAGCGGAUUGUGCUGCGAGGGCCGUUUGCUUCUCAGCUUGCCACCCCUGCCAACCCCUCUGCUUGA